AUGGACCCUCCCCUCCGGCUCCUCCCCGAUGGCCGCCUCACGGCGGCGCUGCUCCUCCUGGGCGCCUGCCUGUCGGCGUGCAGCGUGCAGGCGGUGACCAGCGCGGAGGCCUCCUACAUCGCCCACCGGCAGCUGGCGGCCAUGAAGGAGGCCGGCGGCGGCGAGGCCGGCGACCUCCCGCCGGACUUCGAGUUCGACGACCGCGUCGGCGCCAACUUCCCCAACCCGCGGCUCCGGCGCGCCUACAUCGCGCUGCAGGCCUGGCGCCGCGCCUUCUACUCCGACCCCAAGGGCUUCACCUCCAACUGGGUCGGCAACGACGUGUGCAAGUACAACGGCGUGGUCUGCGUGGAGGCGCUGGACGAUCCCAAGCUCACGGUGGUCGCCGGCAUCGACCUCAACGGCGCCGACAUCGCCGGCUACCUGCCCCCCGAGCUCGGGCUGCUCACCGACCUCGCCUUCUUCCACAUCAACUCCAACCGCUUCUGCGGCAUCAUCCCCAAGAGCAUGGCGCGGCUGUCGCUGCUGCACGAGUUCGACGUCAGCAACAACCGCUUCGUGGGGCCCUUCCCCUUGGUCUGCCUCGAGAUGUCGUCGCUCAAGUACCUCGACAUCCGCUUCAACGACUUCGACGGCGAGCUGCCGCCGGGGCUCUUCGACAAGGACCUCGACGCCAUCUUCGUCAACACCAACCGCUUCGUCGGCCACAUCCCGGAGAACCUCGGCAACUCCACGGCGUCCGUCGUCGUCGUCGCCAACAACGGCCUCACGGGGUGCAUCCCCAAGAGCAUCGGCCGGAUGGCGAGGACGCUCGACGAGAUCAUCUUCCUCAACAACAGGCUCGACGGCUGCCUGCCGCUGGAGAUGGGCCUGCUGCAGAACACCACCGUCGUCGACGUCAGCGGCAACGCCCUCGUCGGCACGCUGCCGGAGCAGCUGUCCAACAUCACCAAGCUCGAGCAGCUCGACUGCUCCCGGAACGUCUUCACGGGCAUCGUGCACGAGUCCAUCUGCGAGCUCCCGGCGCUCGUCAACUUCAGCUUCGCCUUCAACUUCUUCAACUCGGAGGCCGCGCCGUGCAUGCCGUCGGAGAAGGCGCUCGUCAACCUCGACGACCGGGACAACUGCCUCGGCGCGCUGCGGCCGGCGCAGAAGACGACGCUGCAGUGCGCCCCCGUGCUUGCGCGCCCCGUCGAUUGCAGCAAGCACGUGUGCGCAGGGUACCCGACGCCGUCGGGGCCGCCGAAGCUGCCGGAGAAGCCACCGAUGGUCAAGGUGCCUCCGGCGACGCCCACGCCGACGCCCACGCCGCCCAUCAAAGAUGAGCCGGGGAAAUCACCACGGCAACCGCCGCCGCCAAAGUCGGAGGGCCCACCCGGAAAAUCACCCGACGUACCAGCAGGGUCUGCUCCGCCACCGCCGAACUCGGCCUGGCUCCCGGUGACACCGGAGCGCCCUAAGGCGCCACCACCAAAGUCACAGCCGGAGUCGCCUCCAAUCUCCGCCUCCACCAGCUCCGGUGAGCUAUCCUCCACCUCCGGUGAAAUCACCUCCUCCACCCGCCCCGGUGGCCUCACCACCACCUCCAGUGAAAUCACCUCCUCCGCCGGCUCCGGUGGCCUCACCACCACCUCCGGUAAAAUCACCUCCUCCGCCGGCUCCCGUCGCAUCACCACCACCUCCGGUGAAAUCACCUCCUCCACCGGCUCCAGUGGCAUCACCACCACCACCAGUGAAAUCACCUCCUCCACCGGCUCCAGUAGCAUCAUCACCGCCACCCGUGAAAUCACCUCCUCCACCAGCUCCAGUAGCAUCACCACCGCCACCCGUGAAAUCACCUCCUCCACUGAGAAGCCUACUUCUCCAUCAACUCCAACCAAACCACCUUCAACUCCAGAGAAGCCAAAACCACCACCAUCACCAGUGGAGACCCUACCUCCUCCAUCAAAGUCAUCACCACCGCAAGAACCAGCUAGCUCACCACCUAAACCACCAAAAUCUUCGCCACCACCUGCGCCGGUGAUAUCAUCACCUCCUCCAGUGGUGAAGUCUUCACCACCACCAGCUCCUGUGAGCUCACCACCGCCUGCGCCUAAGGCAUCACCUCCACCUGCUCCUAUCAGCUCACCACCUCCUAUGGUGAAGUCUUCACCACCACCUGAACCGGUAAGCUCACCGCCGCCUACACCAAAGGCAUCACCUCCACCUGCACCUGUGAGCUCACCACCUCCUGUAGUGAAACCUCCACCUGUUCCUGUGAGCUCACCACCUCCAGUAGUGAAACCUCCACCUGCACCUGCAUCAUCUCCACCUGCUCCUGUGAGUUCGCCACCUCCAGUGGUGAAGUUGUCACCACCACCUGCUCCAGUCAGCUCACCACCACCUCCGGUGAAGUCACCACCUCCACCCGCCCCUGUGAGCUCACCUCCUCCCCCGGUGAAGUCUCCACCGCCAGCACCGGUCAGCUCACCACCACCUCCAGUAAAGUCGCCACCACCUCCGGCACCAGUGAGCUCGCCGCCACCUCCAGUGAAGUCUCCUCCUCCACCAGCACCAGUUAGCUCUCCACCACCUCCAGUGAAGUCACCUCCUCCACCAGCACCAGUUAGCUCUCCACCACCUCCCGUGAAGUCUCCUCCUCCACCAGCACCAGUUAGCUCUCCCCCACCUCCAGUGAAAUCUCCUCCUCCUCCAGCACCGGUUAUCUCUCCUCCACCACCAGUAAAGCCAUCGUCACCGCCUCCAGCUCCAGUAAGCUCACCACCUCCAGCGGUCGCCUCACCCCCGCCAAAGCAAGAAGAAGUAACAUCAUCACCACCAGCGGAAUCCCAACCUCCACCAUCGUUUAAUGAUGUCAUCCUCCCACCCAUCAUGGCCAACAAGUACGCAUCACCGCCACCCCCUCAAUUCCAAGGGUAUUAA